AAAUACUUCACGAAGAAAAGACGAAACAAGGACGAGUUACGUGCUGUGGCUAGUGCCGACGCCAGCCUGCCCGGUUGCAUAUCCAUCCCCCCCCCUGCUCGCCCACCUUCUCUGCAAACCCUUGCAAGGAAGAUCACGGCACAUCGCGAUCUGGAUAUCGCCCGGCACCGCGGUAGAACCCCAGCAGGAUCGUGGCGAACAAAGGAGCUUAUCUUGGGACUUCGAUGCCAGGGAAAAUCCUGGUGCCCAAGCAAGCAUAUAUUAUUCACCUUCAGUUCCUUGCUUGACGCAGCAUUUGUUGAUUUACUCGGGACCACUUCCCGCCUGAACAACCCUGCUCAAUCCUACCAGCAAAAGCAAUAAUAGUAUCGAUAACUCCUGACGCUUCAUAAUCUUGAGCAAAGCCACACGCAUGAGAUAAUCACAUACCAUCACAAGCUGCAACGAUGCCACGAACGUUGCUGCUGUGUUUCAUACACGGCUUCAAGGGCAAUGAUGAUACCUUCAAAAACUUCCCCUUGGAUCUUCAGAAGCAGGUCGCCGCCAAGCUGCCUGAGCAGAAUGUAGAGUCCGUCGUUUAUCCCAAAUAUGACACAAAGGGGGAGCUGGGCCAGUGCUCAGAGUCGCUACUGAGCUGGCUCAAGGAAAAGGUCAUGGACGUGCGCAAGGAACACAGCGAGAAGCCAUGGCCUCCUAACGACCGCGACGUCGGUGUCAUCUUGGUUGCACACUCGAUGGGAGGCUUUGUCGCCGCCGACACGACGCUGCUAGUCCUUAAUGAGAGGCUGGCCAGCAAGACAGAGGGCGAGGAAGGCACUGCGAAGCCCAUAUUCCCACUGAUCCAAGGUGUUCUGACCUUCGACACGCCGUUCAAUGGCCUCGCCCGAUCCAUGUUCGUGUACGGGGCGUUUUCAAACUACCAGAAGGUCAGCAGCGUCUUCAACGUCAUGACUGCCCUGUCCGCGGCGCCUUCUGCAUUCGCAAGGAACACGCUCGCUCGCACUGCGACAAGGGCUCCCAAAGUGGCGACCUCUUCCGGUUCGUCCAAGUCCGCCGCUUGGAAAGGCUGGCAGCUGAUUGCCGUGAGGACGGGUACCGUUGGAGCGAUUGCGGCAGGAGGCGUGGCUGCGUACGUACAUCGGCAGCAGAUCAUGGACGGUAUGAAGAGCAUGCGCAACCUCAACAAGGAGUCUGUCAAGGAGGGAUACCAGCAGGGUAUUGAUACACUCAGCCAGGGCUUGGCGUACAUCAACCGUGGCAACGUGGGGCGGUCAUUCGAGUAUCUCUCUGAUCACUUCAUCUUUGUUGGGGCGCUCAUGAAACAGCAAGAGCUGAGUCACAGGUUGCAAAGACUGGGUUCACUGAGAGGCAUCGGCGUCCACGACUUUUACACCUCGCUGGGCGAGAACGGAGUUUGGAGUGGUGGCUACUUUGUGCCAGAGCGAACAUUCUGUGCGAUCCCACCAGCAGAGCACGACUCUUACUCGCUGUUUACACGACAGGUCAUCGAGGGGGCUGAUGAGGAGGUCCAGGCCCACAUGAGCAUGUUCAUCCCUGAGAAGAACAAGGGUUAUGACAAGAUGACCGCCAACGCGAGUGACCUCGUGGUCCGCUGGUUCAACGACGAGUCAGAAAUUGUCGACAAGGUUGGUCUGGCCGUAAAUGCCGUGCCCGAGCCUAUCGAGGAGCCCGUCUCCACCACGGAAGACGGCAAGGAGAUCCCGAGGACUGACAACAUUCCCGACGAGAAGGGUAUUGGAAAAGCCGCAUCUGGUGUCGCCGACAAGGGCGACGGCGGCGAGGAGGACGACGACAUCUUCCCAGAUGAAUCUCCCAUGGACAUUGCCGCAGCAGCAUCUAUGGUGCCGCUCCCCGACGACGACCCGGAGAACCCGCUGAUGGCGGAAGCGGGUGCUGACGAGAAGCAGACAUACAUGCGAUAUCUCAUGGGUGUAGCCCAGCAGGCCGGCACUGGCGUGAGGUCGUAUGUCCCCAGCAAGCUGCCAGAGAUGCCAAGCAUGCCUCAGAUGCCAUCAGGACCAAGCUUCAAGUCGUUUAUCCCUAGACAGAUGCCAGAGAUGCCCUCGAUUCCUCGACCGAACGUUAGUCUCUGGGGCAAGAAACAAGAGGGAGCAGUUGACGGAAAGAAGGUAGACGGAGACCCUAAAAAGGACGAGACUCUGACACAGGAGGCCACCGAGAAAAUGGGGGAUGCGUCAAGUGUUGAAACGGAGACGAAGCCGGUUGCUCAGGCUGCGGUGCAUGCGCCCUGACGAUAUCUCACAACGUGCGGGUAAGCCAUGAAGGCUAGGGUGAAGGCCAUCGUUAUUCUCCUUUCUCCAUAAUGUGUAAUCCUCGAGAAGAAGCGAAGCCGGAGCCCGCACUCGGGGGCGACAGUAGCGAUGAAUGGGAGUCAAGGAAAGGAAUAUGACUGGGUUGUAUUCUCGUGAUGGGUAUGCUAGCUAUAUGUCAUUGACAAAACAAAAAGUUUGCGGGGACAAAUGG